CACACAUUAACUAAGUCAAAGUCCCGCAUCAAGGAGCUCCAACUGCUAGCUGUGCAGGACUGAAAUUAUUGUUCUUGUUAAAGCGAGGACUUCAACAAGCCAGACAGAUAUUCUGAAGGGCUGGAACAGUGUAGAGCUGCAGACACAAAGAGGAAAGACAACAAUGUGGAAAGCAGCAGUGUUUGUGCUGCUGCUGCUGCACAUGGAAAUGCAGGUGAAUGGUGCUGCAGGUAAGACCGAGGACUCUGUGGCAGACAACUCUAGACCAGAGAAAAAGGUGAAGAAAGAGCAGGCUGAAGCCACCAACACCAUUCCUGCAACUCCGAGUUUCUUGGGCAACUUGCUGGUGGUGCCCAUGGAUGGGAGCCACUGGGUAGGACUAAAGGCCAUUGCCCAAGAAAUGGGUCGCCGUGGACACCGGGUCACCGUGGUGAUACCAGAGAUCAGCAUGCGGAUGGGUCCAGGGAAACACUACCAAACGGUGACCUAUCCUGUUCCCUAUGACAAGGCUUAUAUUGAUAAUGUCCUGUUCACACACAAGGACGUGAUAGAAAAAACUUCACAGCCGUUCACAGAGAGGAUUAGGAAACGUUUCACACAAAUCCAGACGAUUUCAAGCUUUCUCCGCAUCACAGUAGAGAGCCUGCUGUUCAAUGGCAGUCUGGUCUCACAUCUGGCCCAGCAGAACUUUGAUGCCGUCCUAACAGACCCCAUGACGCCCACAGGCUCAAUAUUAGCUCGGAAAUUAGGUAUCCCCACUAUAAAUUUGCUGAGGGGAAUGCCGUGUUCUAUGGAUAUGAAGUCUGCAGGCUGCCCCUCCCCGCCCUCAUAUGUUCCCCGCUACUUCACCGGCUUCACGGACAAAAUGAGCUUCCAGGAGAGAACUGUUAACACUUUGGUAGCUUUAUUGGAGCCGCUGGUGUGCCGACUGAUGUCCUGGCACUUUGACACAAUGGCCUAUCAGUUCCUGGGAGAGGAGGUUGGCGUAGCUGAAAUACUGUCUGACUCCGCUAUCUGGCUGAUGAGGAUGGACUUUGCACUGGACUUCCCACUCCCCCUCAUGCCUAAUGUAAUACCAGUUGGUGGAAUCAACUGCAAUGUGAGAAAUCCUCUGCCUGAGGAUUUGGAGUCCUGGUUGUCAGGAGAGCAUGGGUUUGUCGUGUUCACUCUGGGCACCAUGGUGUCAGAUCUGCCAGAGGAGACAACCUCCGUCUUUCUAGAAGCCUUUAGACAGAUUCCACAGAAGGUAAUAUGGAGGUACACCGGGCAGGUUUCCGAGGAUGUCCCAGAAAAUGUGAAGCUGAUGAAAUGGGUGCCUCAGAACGACCUGCUGGCUCAUCCUGGAGCUCGGGCCUUCAUCACUCAUGCCGGCUCACACAGUCUCUUUGAGGGACUGUGUCAUGGCGUUCCCAUGGUGAUGGUGCCACUUUCAGCCGAGCAGCCCGACAACGCGGCGAGGUUGGUGAGGAAAGGAGCCGGAAUCGUGCUGGAUAUUUAUUUUAUCACUGCAGAAAGCCUUCUUCAGGGACUGAAUGAGGUCAUCAAUAACACCAGGUAUAAAGAGAACGUGCAGAAGCUGUCAGCUCUCCAUAAAGACCGGCCAGUCGACCCACUGGACCUUUCAGUGUACUGGACUGAAUUUGUGAUGCGGCACAAAGGGGCAAAACAUCUCAAAGCUGCUGUCCAUGACCUCAACUGGGUCCAGUACUUCUGCCUGGAUGUAAUAGCACUACUUGUUACUGUAGUGCUGCUUUUUAUCAUAGUGACAGUAAAAUUCUUGAAACUAUGCCUCAGGAAGCUGAGCAGGAAGAGGAAGCAGGAAUAGCCUGCUGCUACAUUUACACCUUCAGCCAGCAAUAACACUGUAUGGAAAGGGGAAAAAAACAUAACUGUCAUUAAAUAUGAAUGCAACUUAACUUAACUCUAUUGAGUUUUGGGCUAUUUUUUCCACUUUUUAAUCAUUUUUCAUCCUGCCAUUAUACACCACUUUAAAAAAUUUUUUAAAUGCCAUGUUGGUAUAAUUUUUUUCAGCACAAUCUCACCUAUAUAACCUAAUAAUAUAUUUUUUUUAUAUACUGACUUACUGAAUCAACAUUUUGAACCCAAAAGAAACAAAG